ACAAAAAGAACCAAAAUACAAAGGAAUCAACAUGUCAUUCGUUGUGGGAAUUGUAUGCUGAUAUUUUUAAGAAAUAAUAUUUUUGUUUUGAGUUUCGUGUAGCGUUUAUACAUACUACUUAUAAUAAUGAAAAAAUCCAAGUUGUCAUCCCAAGAACUAUUUAAAACGGUACGGACUAGCAGGAGUGUUUUAAAAUUGCCGGAAUUAGACACUUCUGCAAAGUGUUGCGAUGAAAACGUACCACCACAAGUACCUGUAAGUCAUGACUAUAAAAAGAAACUCAUUAAGACCCGUGAGAGAGAGAUGAAGGAAGAAGAAGAAUAUCGCAACCCAUAUACUUUACCGGAACGGUUAAGAGUUAUCACCAAAGGCGUGAAACAUCAUAGGAAAAAACAUGAUCCUCCAGUCCCGGAUGAAAUCCACACUGUUUGUGAUAUUGAUCCUGAAUUCUUUACACUCGUAGAAGGAAGACCCGUUAGGUCUUUCUGUGACAUUAAAGCCUUCAUGAGAGAUCUGAGAGACGCAACGUUACUCCGUGCCAACGCAGGCUAUAUAAACGACAAAAUACUUCAAAUUGAUAUGUUUACUUUUAAAGAACGAGAAGAAUUUGAGCAAAUAAAUCGUGAUUUCGAAAAAAUAAAUCAAAAUUUUAUGGUAUUUGCUGAGCAGAGUUUUACAGACGCGAAACACGUAAUGAAGUUGGCUAAAGAGACUUCUAUGCAACUUGCUAAUGUAACCGAUCAGCUGGAAGAAUAUAGCUUCGUAUUUAUUAAAAUCAAGAAUAAACUGAUAAACAUUGUCGCGGAAUAUGAUCAGUUAUCGCAGUACAAGAAAUUUUUAACUGAAAUUUCACCGAAGUGGUGGCACAAGCGCUAUGCGUCACAUUGCGAGAAGGCUGACAAGCUAUGUUCCAGAUUAUUGACUCAGUUGCAAACGGAAACCCCUGAGAUCUCGACAUUGUACAGUCAGAGUGCACUAUCACUGGCACAACUACCGCCUGAGCUGUACUUCAAAAGACCUUCACAGCUGAUUACUCAUCUAGAAAGCGUAUGUAGACAAUGUUUAAACUAUUUAGAAAUAUGUGGAAUAUUCUCCGGAUCAUUUUACAAAAUAAAUAUGGAAAAGAGACAUUUCGAAGAUGCGAUACACGAUCACGCUACACAUAUGCAGUAUAUUAUUGAUAUAUUUCAGAAGAAGGUAAAGAAUUUGGAAGUAACCUGUGAUAUUUUCAAGGAGAGAUUCAACACGAUACUGGAGAAGGUAAUUUACGAGUUAGUCGCAUCUUACGAGUCCUCCAAGUUGUUUAUGUGUGUACAAUUUGUUCAUUCUGGACUGUAUGGAUUCAAACCUGAUCAUCGAGAUUCCUUGACUGCCCUGAUGGUUAACAUUGAGAGGUACUACGAUGAAAUUUCGAAAGAAAUAGAUUCCCUAGAUCUAAUAGUAGUUAAAAAGGCUACAAGGCAGAUCUUUAAUGAAGACAAAAGGGCGAUGGCUGAAGCUCACCUGGCACGGACGAAAUUGAAAGAAUAUUACUUCUUACAUAAAUCUUUACGCAAAAGCUACGAGCCUUCGAAAAUGAAAACUAGAUGGUAUAACUAGGAAGUUGAACAGAAAGAAUAUAUUUAUGAUUUUAUUAUUUAUUUACUCUUAUAAGAACAUGAAUUAUAUAGGAGCAUAUGUAAUUUAGUGUCCAGAAUUUCAUUAAUUAAAAUUAUUAUGUCUUAA